UGUGAUGCUUGUCACCUCAUAUCUGUGACACUGAAAUUUGUAUUUAUUUAUUAUUAUUCAGAGAUACGGUAUUGUGUAAUGUUGUAAACAAACAAAUAGUGAGAUUUCACGCCAAUAUCAAAACUUUGAUAUUUCCGUUUCUUUUUCUGUAUGAAGUUACCAAGAUAUUUUGUAUGUUGUUUACUAAAUGAAAUUAUUUAACCUCACUUAAUUCAUAUUAGAAUUUAGAAAUUUCAAAUUGUAAUUUUAAUAUAAUUUUACUGAAACUGGAAUUACAUUAAACAGAUGGAUAAAGUUAAAAAUCAAUGUAUUCAAGUAAAAGAAGAAUUAUUUCAGGAUUUUGAUGAUUGCACCCAAGAUUCGAGAAAUCAAGACUCCUUUCAAAAUUCUAUUGAAAAUACUGGAGAUGUGGAAUUAUUUGAACCACACAUAUAUCAACUGCAUCAAUGCAACAUUAAAAGUGAAGUUUUCGAUGAAAAUGAAUAUUUAAUGAAAAGUGAUGAAAACAUUGAUCGAUCUGAAAAAACUCUUUUGAAGAAAUCCCCUAUAACUGUAACAAAAAAAGAGGAUCAUGUUUCAAAUGAACUUCAACACAAUUUGCAACAAGAAGUAUCAAACAGUUCAUUAGAAAAAAGUCCAGUGGCUCUUGGAAAGCCGAACAGGAAAGUUAUCUCAAGUACAAAACAACAUAACUGUCAUUUUUGUGAUUAUGUUUCCAAUAAGAAAACUUAUGUUAAAAAACAUAUGGAUUCAGUGCAUUUCAAUUUGAGGCAACAUAAAUGCCAUUUAUGUAACCAUGCUACAAAUCUUAAAAAUAAUUUAAAAAAGCAUAUAGAUUCUGUCCAUUUGAACUUGAAACAAUAUAAAUGCCAUUUAUGUGAGUAUGCUUCUAGUUUCAAGACCGAUUUAAAAAGACAUGUUGAUUCUGUACAUAUACAAAUUAAUUCCAAACAGUUUCAGUGUAACUUAUGUGAGUAUGCUUCAGAUCGUAAAGAUCAUCUUGAAAGACAUACUGACUCUGUUCAUUUGAAAUCGAAGCAACAUAAUUGUCACCUGUGUGAAUAUGCCACCAAUUGGAAACAUAAUCUGGAUAGUCAUAUAGAUUCUGUUCAUUUGAAUUCAAAGCAGCAUAAGUGUCAUCUAUGCGAGUUCAGUGCAAACUUAAAGAGUAACUUGAAAAAACACGUAGAUUCCAUACACUUGAAAUUUCGAAGACACAAAUGCCCUAUUUGUGAUUAUGCCUCCAAUCAAAAGAACGCUGUUAAAAAACAUGUUAUUGCUAUUCAUGUGAAUUCUAAACAAAAAAAAUGUCAUUCAUGUGAUUUUGUUUCAAAUGACAUGGAUAAUCUAAAAGAACAUAUAGAUUCUGUUCAUUUGAAAGCAUAACAAUUGUUGUCUUCAUGGAAUCAUGUCAUAUAGGAGUAAUGUGAUCUGGAAACUAUAAAAUAAUAAAAUGUUCCACAUUAAUGUUAUGCAGGGUGUGUAAGUGGACACUUUUAAAUGAUACACCCUGUAUAUGUUUGUUUUGAACAAAAAAGAGGUUAUAUAGGUUUGGUUAAUGAAUAAUAAGUGAAUUUUAAUUAUAUGUUUUACUUCAUUUUAUAGGCUUGGAAUUUUUUAAUUUCACUCAAAUAUAUCACAUUCUGCAUAAAUAUUUUUAUUACCUGCAAACAUAAAAAUUUCUCAAACAUUAGUUGAAGUCUCUAAAAGAUGUACAAAAAUUUUCAGUUCACUAAUUAAAUAUUUCUAGAAUCACAGCAUUCUGGAUCUGAUGAAAAAUGUGCUUUCAUAACAAGUAAAGAAAUCAUGUUAUUUUGGAUUUAUUGCUUGAAAAAGUAAAACAAAAGGUGCUUGUUGCCCGUCAUAUAAUUUGAAGCUAUGUGCUAUAGAUGGGUAUGUUUUUCAUUUCAGAAAUAUAUUUUUUGACAGUUAAAAAAUUUUGGGUCUUUUAGUGGUCUAGUUGAUAUUGCUCCUGAUAUUUUGCCUACAAUUGGCAGGUCCUAUCUUAAAUUCUCUAAAUAGUCCAUAUUGGCAGCUUGAUUUCAAUGGUCCUUACCCCGAAAAUGGAACUUCAUCAUGAAAAAUAAAUUUUUGACUUUUCAGUUAUUAGAAAAUUCAUUUGAAUUAAGAAAAAAAAAUAAUAGGAUUGAUGUAAGUACUCAAACUUUAGGAACUACCGAUCUCAGAUAAUAAUUGUAGUUCUUGCUACACUCUUUCAAAUGAUCAUCUAUCAGUGAAAUAUACUUACUUGUAGUAUUUUUCAUCUUUAAUUAGUCAUCCCUUAUUGAACAUCAUAAAAAACAGAAAUGAAAAAAUUUUGUUGAGUUAGCUCUGAUAUGUUUAUAGAUAAGCAGCCAUCUGUUCCAUAAGAAUUUCAAAAACCAAUGUGUAUUUCCGCUAUUUACAUGAAAAUAUGAACAUUUUAUUAUUUAGCUAGAAGUUUAUCGCUCUCGUUUUCAUGGAAAUAUGGCAAUUUUAUUAAAAACAUAAGGAAAGUAUCAAUUAUACAACCAAAGAUGAUAUCACUAGUAAAACAUCUUUGUUUACAACAUAUUAAAUACACAGGACAAGGCAUAGAAGAAUGGAACAAGGAUGAAGAUAUUAAUCUAGGAGAGUGCAACAAAUCUGAAAAAUGAGUGACUGGGAAAUUUCUGGUGAGGCAGAUAAAGUCUCACACGCAAGAAGUCAAGCUUUCAAUAUAGAAAAUCAUAUAAAUUGCCCUUAAUAUGGAGGACGAAACAGAAUACUCUGGAUGUGUCUGCAUUGCAUGAAAAAGGGGUCUGAUCGAAAGUUGGUUCGAAGUGGAUUAAUAUAAAAUAACAUAUUUCUCUAUAAAAGAUUAGAAAUUAUAAUUAACUUUCACUUUUUUAGAAAUAUUUGAAUACUUUUAUCAUUCAAUAAACUUUUUGUAACCUUA